CUCGCGUCGUGAAUCGACGUAUCGCUCAUUACGAGAUUGCGUCCGUACGUAGUCUACGAACAUAAAAUUAAAAAAUAUCAGUUACAGGUUUCUGUGUCAGCCAAAGGGAACGUUCGAAGCCACUAACUGGAUACGCUCUGUUAUUCCACGUUUAUUGUUUAUCGCAAGCAAAGUGCAAAAUGUGAUGUGUGUGUUUAAGCAGCGUGCCCGUCCUGUGUAACGUUGUCCCAAAGUGAACUGGAUGGAUGUAAUGUGCUUCUAGAUUUGGAGUUAUAAUUUGUUUGGUCCUUCACACGCCGGAUCGUUUUUUUGCAAGAUACAGCGGGGAUGAUCUUCUCGUUUCACAGUAAUCUUUCCUGAUCCUUACAUGACUCUAGAGAUGACUCCAAGCCCUGAACCACGGUUAUGCGCAACUGACGCCGAUAGCCAACGAAACUCCGGUGAUUACGUCCACAGGCGAUCGGACACAACACUUCGCUAUAAGCGAAAUCACAGAACGUUAAUGAUGGCGCCACUGGGCUUCGGGCGGCGAAUAGCAGACUUCAUCACCUCCAAUACAUUUGUGAUGCUUUUGAUAUCUCUCGAACUUCUGGCGUGGCAAGGCAGAGCUGCAGCUCUGGCAAACUGUCCGAACGGAUGUAACUGCAACGACGACACAUUGGUGGUGGUCUGCGAAGAGAGUCGGCUCGAUGUCCUCCCCAUCGCCCUCAACCCCUCAAUUCAGCGACUUAUAAUCCGCAACAACAAGAUCAAAACAAUCGAUAGUUCCAUGCAGUUCUAUGCGGAGCUGCAACACCUCGACCUGUCACAAAAUCACCUCGUCAACAUACCCACUAAAAGCUUCGCAUAUCAGCGCAAACUUCAAGAGUUACAUCUAAACCACAAUAAAAUAUCCUCCGUCACAAAUACCACUUUUCAAGGAUUAAACUCAUUAACGGUUCUAAAUUUAAAGAGAAACUUUUUAGAAGAACUGCCAAAUGGUGUAUUCUCUACUCUACCGAGACUUGAAGAACUCAAUUUAGGACAAAAUAGAAUAUCUAGGAUCGAACCUAAAGCAUUCGCUGGAUUAACAGCAUUAAGAAUACUUUACUUAGAUGACAAUCAACUAAGUUCAGUGCCUACCACUUCAUUCAGCUUAUUAGGUAGCUUGGCCGAGUUACACGUAGGACUUAACGCUUUCUCUUAUUUACCAGAUGAUGCUUUUGCCGGCCUGAAUAAACUGACAGUUUUAGAUUUAAAUGGAGCUGGACUUCUGAAUAUAAGUGGAAGUGCUUUCAGAGGUCUCCCGGGAUUGAGAAGUUUAAAUCUGUUUGGAAAUAAAUUGAGUGUAGUACCCACAAAUCAGUUAUCUGGAUUAACAAGACUGGAAGAAUUGUAUAUCGGACAAAACGACUUUUUAACAUUAGAAAGCCACUCGUUUAAGGGAAUGAAAAAUCUGAAAUUGCUGGAUAUUACAGGCACCACGCAACUUGAGCGAGUUGAAAAAGGAGCAUUCGAGGAUAAUGUUAAUUUAGAGACUGUUGUAUUGGCUAAUAACAAGAAAUUAGCAAUUAUAGAAGACAGUGCUUUACUGGGCUUACCGAAAUUAAAGCACGUUUCCUUAAAAGAUAACGCUAUUGUAACAAUAAGUGAAUCCGUAUUCGUCGGUAAAGAAUUAAGACAAUUAGACUUAACGGACAAUCCAAUAUUUUGUGACUGCCAAAUAAUGUGGCUUCGUGAUCUACUAUAUGACAAAUCCAAUUUCACUCAAAUACAAUGCGCUUCUCCUGAACAUCUGAAAGACAAGUACUUGAGAAAUUUAAAAGCCGAUGAUCUAGGUUGCGUACUUCCCGAUUCAGGAAAGCAUACUAUAAUAGGUUUUAGUAUAGUCUCAAUAGUAGCUGUGCUCGCUACACUAGGCUUCUUCAUUUAUAAAUGCCGCAAACAUAUGCAGGAGAAACUAAAGGAUUUCAAGUGGAAUAAGGGACGCAAAAAUCUCGAGUACCACAAACCUAUAUCUACCGAGGAAGACUGUAUACUAGAGCUUUACGCCUCUCCGAGCGUGUUUUUCAUGUCAGGCGGCCAAGGCUCAGCUCGGCGGCCGCAGCGUUCGGGAGGCGGCGGCACUCUGCCCGCCAACGGAUUCACGUACAUCGGCGGAGAUGCGCGGCAUCAACCACUCACAUUAAACAACGGGGCACCGGCUCAUCAUCUCAACAACGGCUCCUUACGUUCCCUUCCAGAUAAAAAGAAUAACCGGAAUGGUGUUGUAUGCCAUCCGGAAAACUUCCAGCGUAAUCUCGACACGCGGUAUUCUAGGAAGCAAGAAAACGGGUAUAUCCGUAACUCGGAGACUAUAAUCGGCUUCCCGAGAAAUGACAGGGAAUAUGAGAGGGAGCACUCUGAGUACAGCGAACCGGAAUACUCAAUAAUACCGGAGAAUGGGUAUGGGCGGUCGAUCGAUGACUACCCACGCUCCUGCAGUCAUUCCAACACCUUCAACUGUUGAGAACGCCCUGUGAACUCUUUCAAUCAUUUGUGAUCUUGUAAUUCUAGCAAUAAAUCUUCAUUCCAUUAAGUUUUUCUAUGGACGGAAUCAGUGUGAUGGGAAUGUAGUGCUCUAGAGCGGUUAGUGACAUUAGUUAUCGGGCUCCGGUGUACGUACGACCAGUGAGGACUAUCCCGUAUUGUAAUUCGAUUAAAAGAGUACCUUAUUUGUAAAUUAUAAAUUUAAGUAGUGAUGGAUCUAUUUUUCAAUGAGUCGUUGGCGCCUGAAAGUGAGACUUUCAUUAGCGGGAGGUACAGUACGUACGUUGUACAGACUAGUCGUGGUAAGGUAGUGGGGCUCCGCGCGCGCCACUGCGGGGCUCCUAUAUGAUUGUACAUCAUACACUUGUGAUUUGUAUUGUUUUCCACCGAUUCGGUGGAAUUUGUAUUUGAUUUUGUACAAAAACCAUUCCAUAAGAAAACUUUUUAAUGUCUAAUAUUUUAUUUAUAAAUGAAUAAAGUAAGUGUGCGUUAAAUAAGACACCAAUAUGAGAAAAUAUUAGAUUGAAUAAGUGUAAAUAUAUUUAUACUAUAUUGAGAUAUUUAUAAAAUUUAAUACGAUCUUGUUCUUCUAAAAUUAUCAUAAAUAAUUUCUAGUUUCCUGAUAUCGUAUUGUUUGCUAUAUCGACUGAUAUCCGAAUAAGAUUUCUUACUUGUGUCACUAUUGUUAUAAUACUUACUCUAACUUCAUAUUGUGUAGGUACAAGCACCCAUUGUUUCAAAUAUCAACACGUACUUUGUAUGCUCAACUUAAUAUUGUACUUCAUUAAGACGAUAUAAAUAUAGACAUUCAAAUUAUUUAUUAGUCUCCGAUCAUUGUUUUGGCAAUUACAAUGCUAAGUACCUACAUACAGCGUUACUUUAUCAUAGACUAUUAAAUUGUGCAUUAUUAUUGCCAUAACGAUGCAGAAACGAUAUUUCUAUUCGCCUCAGAAGAUAUGAACGGGGUACUUCAACCUUAUUUAAUAUUGUUAUUAAAUCUGACUAACCACAAUAUAUGUUUGAGUAAUACUAUGUCUACACUCAAAAAUGUAAUGCAGAACUCGUACUAUAUUAUACACGCGUAGGUUAAUAAUACAAAGAAAUGUAAAUCAUGCAAUAAAGUUAUUAUAUUAUAAGUACAUAUUAAUGUUUGUCACAUUCUUACUUAUGAAAUUUAAUUUUAAUUCGAUAAUAGUGACGAAAAAAUGUGAUAAGUACUUGCAUAAAUAAUUUAUUACUCGUUUGACUUUUUUAUAAAUUAGCAGUACUCAGUCCUAAAUCUUCAAAUUACAAAUGCUGCAUAAAACGUCUGUAGGAAUAAAUUAUCGAAUGACAUUAUUAGUUUAUCAGAUUUGAGACCCAGUUGCAUUAUCAAAUUGUUCACUUUUGCCGGUAUCAUUAAAAAAAAAGUAGGCACCAAGUGAGGCUGGCCGGUGACAGCAAAAUAGAGGUUGAGAGUGUCGAUAAUAUAGAAAUUCAGAGAAUGAGAGAAGUGUGGCGGCCAUUUUGUUUUAUGUAUCUUUUCAAAAGACAAUAUCUCUACCUAUAUAAAUAAUGAUAAAUAUGAUACUCAUUCAUUUAUACUAAAAAUGUGCAUGAGAAACGCACAUUUUUUAAAUGUUCAUAUUUCAACCUGUGUACUAACUAUAAACUUGUAUGGAGACGUUACAUUCCAAUCCAAGUCAUUAAGUUUAAACAAGCCUCGAUUUUGCUUUUACCAACCGCCCAUAACCAUGCGCCUGAUAGAAAAUAUAUAAUAAUAUAUUUUUUUAACCAUACACAUAAUCUAUGAGAAAUUGAAUGAAAUAUAUGAAAUUAAUUAUAUGGAGCCCUGGCUCCCAAACCACAGCAAAUAACAUGAAAAUCAAUUCUUGAGAAUUUACAUACAAUACUUUUAAUUUUAAUGUUAUAUUUUUAUUUGUUGAAUGUGGUAGUGCUUACAUCAAAAAUUUUAAUUACAAUUUUUAUUCCAUAGGCAACUUGAAAGAUGUUUAAAACUAAUGUAGUAUUGAAUUAUACCACAUAUGACUACCUACAUGACAUACAGAGUGUAAAUUUAAAAAAUAAUCAGACAGGAAAUUCGUAAGUAAAACAAAAAAAAUUAAUAUUAUAACAACACCACUCAUAUUUAAACUGUGAUCAUUAUUGUUCAUCGUUAUCCUCUGUGGUCAUACAGUAUAUCAAAGUGUAGGGACGUUUCACAACGAAUUAGUUCCAAGUAAAACUGCUGUAAAAAAUAUUAUAUUCCUAAUAUUAAUAGAAAUUUAAUACUUUUUUUACAAAACAAAAUUAUAAUUUUUAUUUAUCUGUGGCUUUUAUUUCACUUUUGAAACACAAAGAAAAGUAAAGCCUUUUAUUUAGAUUACACUAGAUUGGCUAUAUUACCACAGAGCAUUGUAUGAAAUUACUGACUGAAUUUUCGGCCAGUGAUCAUUCUAGAAACAGUUUAAUAGAAAUAUGAUAAUAAUGCUAUCAGUAUCAUCAUUUAUAUUCAUAGAGAGAUGUUGUUUGUAAUAUUUUUCUUAAAUUUGUUUGACAUACACAUAAUAUUAUUAAUAUCCUACUAUAGUCAAAUUUACACUCUGUAUAUUUGUAGUGCUCUAUGAUUUUAUGCUACAUACUUGUUGAAAAGACUAAUAUAAGUACUUAAGCUACAACAAUAUUCAACUAAUGUGUAGAUUGUUUGUUUCUUUUUUAUUCAAAUUAACAAUUACUAUACUAUUUGGAAAGAGUUCGGUGUGAAACCGUGCACAAGUUACUUGCCUUCAUAUAAAUUCACCUACACGCUAUACUUCUUGGAUCUUAUGAUGGUAUUAUGUUCAUGUAAAUACGGAGAAAUUAAAGACUAAGUAAACGAUUUAAGGCAUUUAUUAGUGCCUAUUGAUGCCUAAAAAGUAUACAAAAAUAUUAAUUAAAUACAUAUGAAGAAAAUGUGAUUAGCGUACUCUCACCAUUGUAAUAGAUCAUCGGUCAUUUCUGUACUUUAUUGUAGUUAUUACCUACCUACAUACAAACUCGAUAAUAUAACAU